AUUUAUGAAAUAUUUUUUAUUCGCAAUUAAACGAUUAUUGAGCCUCGUUUUCAAGAGAAAUAUAGCUACGAGGCCAAGGCCUAAGUUUGACUUGUCGAAGUCGAAGAAGGAAUCAGGUGAAAGCACGGUGAAAGAUGCCUCAAGGUCUUCGAAAGCUAACGGCGAAAAAGCCAAAUGAUAUCAAAAUCAAAACUAGUAAAGACAAGGUGAAAAAGCAGAGUCAGCGUAUGAAGAAAGGGGCCAUGAAAAUUGCACCAAAGAAAAAGAAGAAGCAGGAAGAAGCAAAAAUGAAAGAGUUGCUUCAAAAGGAAUAUAACAAAGCUUUGGAAAAAGAGCUGACAGAAAAAGCAGGUGCAGACAACCUUAGAGUUGUUCAAAAAGAUAGGAGCAAAAAGUAGGCAAAUCCCAAAAUUUUGUCGACCCUACAGUCCAGUGCUGAUAUUCACAAUGACCCACACUUGGAAACCUGGGAUCUGUGAAAUACAAAGUUGUGAGACAUAGCAAAAGUCUUGCAUAUGGAUAAAUGGUGGAUGAAUGACCUUCCAGUGAAUUUUCUAUGCAUCACCAUUGAACAUAGCUAAAUUUAUCUUUGAAAGACAACAAUUAAUGAAAAUCCAAUGUCAAGAAUAAAAGUAAAAAGAGCUCUCGACAAACAAACCAAGACAUAACUAUGUCAUCUAUGUUUCAGUCAUUACAAAACUUCAAGAGUCUACUUUGCAAAUGAAAUGCUUAAUUUUUUGCCACUGUCUGCAAAACAAUACAAGUUAUGUAACAGCAUUGCAUAAUAAGAUCUGAAAUCGAUAAAAAAUUGCUGAUAAUAUUCUGCCAAUUCAAUUAAAAUAGUGUAAAGAACAUUAAUUUGGACUGCCAAUUUUCAGGUGUUUAGUUGACAUGUCCUGAUCACAAGCUUACCUCUGGGUUCUCUGGGUUCGAAUCAAAUCAUAGAAAUAUUCUUUAUGCAUAGAUAAUUUAAAAAAUAUUUUGUAAACAAUUCUGCAUUGUUACAAGAGAAAACAUAAACAUAAA